ACUGCACAGAAAAUCUGAUGGAUGAAGAUGAGAAAGACAGGGCAAAGAGAGCUUCUCGAAACAAGUCUGAGAAGAAGCGUCGAGACCAGUUCAAUGUUCUCAUCAAAGAGCUUAGCUCCAUGCUUCCUGGAAACACACAGAAAAUGGACAAAACCACUGUGCUGGAAAAGGUCAUUGGUUUUCUGCAGAAACACAAUGAAGUCUCAGCACAAAUGGAAAUCUCUCAUAUUCAGCAGGACUGGAAACCUUCCUUCCUCACUAAUGAAGAAUUCACCCAGCUGAUGUUAGAGGCAUUAGAUGGCUUUGUCAUCGCUGUGACAAAGGACGGCAGCAUCCUCUAUGUUUCUGACAGUAUCACACCUCUCCUUGGGCACUUGCCGUCAGAUGUCAUGGAUCAAAAUUUAUUAAAUUUCCUUCCAGAACAAGAACAUUCAGAAGUUUAUAAGAUGCUCUCUUCCCAUGUGCUUGUGACAGAUUCCCCCUCCCCAGGAUACUUAAAAUCUGACAAUGAUUUGGAGUUUUAUUGCCAUCUUCUCAGAGGCGGCUUGAACCCAAAGGAAUUUCCAACUUAUGAAUACAUAAAAUUUGUAGGAAAUUUUCGCUCUUACAAUGUGCCUAGCCUUUCCUGUAAUGGCUUUGACAGCGCCCUUCUAAGGCCUUGCCAGGUAUCUCUAGGAAAGGAGGUCUGCUUCAUAGCUACUGUUCACCUAGCAACACCACAAUUCCUAAAGGAAAUGUGUGUAGUUGAUGAACCUCUAGAGGAAUUCACUUCAAGGCACAGCUUGGAAUGGAAGUUUUUAUUUCUGGAUCACAGAGCCCCUCCAAUAAUAGGAUACCUUCCUUUUGAAGUUUUGGGAACCUCAGGUUAUGACUACUACCACAUUGAUGAUCUGGAGCUCCUUGCUAGGUGUCACCAGCACUUGAUGCAGUUUGGUAAGGGGAAGUCAUGUUGCUACCGGUUUCUAACCAAAGGCCAGCAGUGGAUUUGGCUGCAGUCCCACUACUACAUCACCUACCAUCAGUGGAACUCCAAGCCCGAGUUCAUUGUGUGCACACAUUCGGUAGUCAGUUACUCAGAUGUCCGGGUGGAAAGGAGGCAGGAGCUGGCUUUGGAAGACCCACCAUCUGAGGCCAUCCACCCUUCAGCACUAAAGGGCUCAAGCCUGGAACCUUGGCAGCACUUUAAGGCACUUGACAUGGACGCCUCAGGCCUUAACACAAGUUACUCAUCAUCAGUGUCCUCAAGAAGUUCCCAUAAAUCCUCACACACAGCCAUGUCAGAAUCCAUCUCCAUUCCAAGCAAGCUGAUGACAGAGGCCAGCACCACAGCUAUGCCAAGAUUGGCUGUCCUGCCCCAAGAGCUCCCUGUGCAAGGGCUCAGCCAGGCAGCCGUGAUACCGGCUCCUCUGCCUGUUCCAUUGUCCUGUGACCUCACACAGCAGCUCCUACGUCAGACCAUUUUUCAGAACUCACCUGCUGCCCUGGCAGAGUUUCCAACACAGUCCAGCAUGUUCCAGACCAUCAAAGGCCAGCUGGAGCAGCGCACACGGGUCCUGCAGGCCAAUAUCCGGUGGCAGCAGGAGGAGCUACACAGGAUCCAGGAGCAGCUGUGCCUGGUCCAGGACUCCAGCAUCCAGAUGUUUCUGCAGCAGUCAGCUGUAUCCCUGAGUUUUAGCAGUACCCAGCAGCAUGAUGCUCAAAAGCAGCCCCCUCAGAGGUCAGCCCCAGGGGCCCAGUCCCCACUCACCACAAACCCUCAGCUUCCAGGGCAGAUAACCUCCACCCAGGUCACAGACCAGCACCUGCUCAGAGAAUCAAGUGUGACAUUAAUCCAGGGUCCCAAGUCAACCAGAAACAUGCAGAUGAUACCAGCAGGUCGCCACCCUGUGGGCACCCUGACAACCUUGUUCAGCAGCCCCACGGCUGUGCUCUCACCAACUCUGAGCCUGACCACACUGGCCUCUAACAACCAGGACACCAACCAGUGCCAGCCCAGCCCGGACUUUAGCCAUGAUAGGCAGCUCAGGCUAUUGCUGAGCCAGCCAAUCCAGCCCAUGAUACCUGGGUCCUGUGAUGCAAGGCAGACCUCUGAGGUUGGCAGGACUGGACAGCAUGUCAAGUAUCCACAGAGCCAGGCCGUGUUUCCAAAUGCAGACAUGCACAGCACCAGCAACAGCGCCUCAACCCCCAUCCUGAUGAUAGGACAAGCAAUGCUGCAUCCCAGCUUCCCCAGCUCCCAUCCAGCACCCCUGCAGCCCACACAGGCUCAGCAGCAGGCUCAGCAGCACUUCCUGCAGGUACAGGUGCCAACCUCUUUGCACAGUGAGCAGCAGGACUCACCACUUCUCUCUACCUACUCACAGCAGCCAGGGACCCUGGGCUUUGCCCCACAGCCCCAGCCCCCUCAACCUUCCCGAAGGGUCAGCUGCCUGUCUGAGUCCUCAGUCCUCCAGCAGCUGCCCCAGUAGUACCCUGGCACCUCAGUCAGGUCCCAAUCAGUUU